CCGGCGGGGCCGGGCUGGAGGCUCCGGGAGGCCGAGCCGUUCCGAGCCGGGAGGCUGUGCCGUGCCGGGAGGCUGUGCCGUGCCGGGAGGUCGUGCCGUGCCGGGAGGCUGUGCCGAGCCGAGCCGGGAGGCCGUGCCGCCCAGCGCCAUGCUGCCGCGGUGCUGGGCCGUGCUGAGCCGCUGGCCCCCGUGGCGGCCGGCCCUCCUCCCCCUCAGCUCUGUGCAGCUGCCGGCGGGGGGCCCGUCGCUGCUGCUGCUGCCUUUCUCCACCGGCUGCGCGAGGUGCUCAAAGAACAGGCGGCUGAGGCAAAAAAGGGUGAUUUCGGAAAGGAAGCUGACACGCUAUUUUGUGGAUCACCGGAGAGUGCGUGUGGUUGGAGGACGAGGAGGAGAAGGGGGUCAUUCUUUUUAUAGUGAACCUAGAAAAAUAUUUGGAGGUCCUGAUGGUGGAAAUGGAGGUGAUGGGGGUCAUGUCGUUUUGAAAGCUGACCAGCAAAUGAAAUCACUUUCUUCAGUCCUCCCCUUCUAUCAGGGUUUCCAUGGAGAGAAAGGAGGAAGAAAAAACUGCUAUGGAGCUAAUGGUGCAUGUUUAUAUGUUAAAGUCCCUGUAGGUACAUUGGUCAAGGAGGAUGGGAAAGUUGUGGCUGACCUUACUCAACAUGGUGAAGAGUAUGUUGCAGCUUAUGGAGGAGCUGGAGGGAAAGGCAAUCGCUUUUUUCUUUCCAAUGAAAACCGAGCUCCAAUGUUAUCCACUCCAGGAGAGCCAGGUCAGGAAAGGGUCCUUCAUCUGGAACUUAAGACAACAGCUCAUGCAGGGUUGGUGGGUUUUCCCAAUGCUGGUAAAUCAUCGCUUUUGAGAGCCAUCUCCAGGGCAAAGCCAGCAGUGGCUGCCUACCCAUUCACAACCCUGAAUCCCCACGUUGGCAUUGUCCACUAUCAAGACUAUGAACAGGUAGCAGUUGCUGACAUUCCUGGCCUAAUUAAAGGUGCUCAUAAAAACAGGGGUCUCGGGAUGGCCUUCCUAAGGCACAUUGAACGCUGCCGCUUUCUCUUGUAUGUGGUGGAUCUCUCUGUGUCUCAGCCAUGGACUCAGCUGCAAGACUUAAAAUACGAACUGGAACAAUAUAAAAAAGGUUUGUCUGAGAGGCCUUGUGUUGUCAUCGGGAAUAAGAUUGACCUUGCUGAGUCCCAGAUCAAUCUGCCACUUCUUAAAGAACAGACAGGUGACCGGGUGAUUGCAUUAUCUGCGCUGACAGGAGACAACCUAGAGGAGCUGUUCUUGCAUUUGAGAGAACUGUAUGAUGAGUAUGUGAAGAUGGAACAAUCUCGAGGGCAAAGACCAGUCAAGUGGUAGAAACCAGAAUUCCUGUGAACUGUAUUGAAAGAGAGAAAAAAAAAAUCAUAAUUUGUUUAGACUGUAUCUGUGUGGUUUUGGUUUUCUUCAUGGGUUGUUUUGGUUUUCUUAUUGCAAGUGGCACGGCCUGUGGGUUUGUCCUGGACUGCUGCUGUUCACCUUCAAUGUGUCUCAGGUGUUUUAGAACAGAAAACUGUAAUCAUGAUGGCUGUUGAAUUGGAAACCUGGAUCUUGUUUGGCACUGGAUAGAAUUCUCCUCCUUCCAGAAUUAACUAUCUAGUAUAAAUUACUGCAAUUCAGGAUCUGCAGAAGGUGCUGGCUUGCUUUCUGAAUUUGAGUGAAGUGACACUGCAAUUUUCACUCAUCAGAAAUUCUAAGAUAAAAAUAAGGUGAUACCAUGUUUAUCUGUUUUUUAUACCAUAACCACUUUCAGUCACCUUUAACUUUUCUCCAGUUUUAUUUUGUUGUGGGUUUGUUUAUUUUGUGUCAGAGGAGGCACAGCUGCUCAGUAUUCUUAGGAAGGAGGAGCAUGAAACAACUGCAGUUAAUGACUGAAAUUUCCUCAUUAGUGUAAGUAAUUAACUAGCCUUAGAUGCUGGCCACAGCUAAGUAGCUGUCUAAACUAGCCAAAGAACAGUCAUUUGAGACUCACUUCUGAGUUUUUCUGAAGUUUCCUUGAUGCAUCUCAAGCAAAAUUCUGAGAAGCCAUAGGCUUAGAUAUUCCAAAUUUAAAAAGAAAAACAAACAGGUCUUUGUCUUUUUUAAACUGCAUCAUUUUGUGGACAGUUUUCUUACACUUUAUUCUCUAGGAAUUCAGUAAUCUUCAUUCAGAACCGUGAAUCUUUGCCCUUUCCUCAUCCUGAAAGACAAGCUACUUCUGUGUACUCUAGUUAUAUUCUGUUAUUAUCUUGAUUGUGGAAAGUUUAAAUUUAUCAAAGCAUAUUAUUAAGCUUUUUAAUAAGGGACCCUGAUAGAUCUGUGGAAUACACAAAUACUUAAGUAGUCAAGAGAAACAAUUGUUCUUGAGCCUUUACAAAGGUUUCUUGAUUUUUAAUUAGAUGAAUUUUGUCUUCCAAGCCAGCAGUCUGGAGUUACAGACUUUGCACAUACUUUGUCACACCAAUGAAGUACAAAGUAAACUCAUUAGCACCAUCAUAAGAUAGAAAAAUGUGAUAUUGGUAAGCUUGGCUUUUUUUUUUUUUCUUCAGGUAAUGCAAUAGCUAAGCUUUAAGGACAGUUUGGUGCAGUAUAGAACAUUCACCUAUCCCUUGUCUUUGGUUAAUCUUUGUUAGCUUACAAAUAAGGACUUCGUUAUGUUUAACAUUUUUCUGUUUUCUACUGGAUGAGCAGUAGUGGGAAUUCUUCAAUGGGUUUACAAAAAAUAGUGUAGCCUCCAACUGCUGCUUUUUGUACACCUGAGCGAAAGUGAUAAUUUUCUCUGCUUCCAUCACUUUGCAUAUUUUGUUUUCAUCUCUGAUGCUUCUGAGUGGUGCAUCCUUAAAAGACUGGUUUUCCUGGGUUCCAUGAACAACGGCCUUUUUCCCCUGACUCCCUGUGGCUGAAAAGAGGCAGUCAUGUUCUGUCUCUAAAUUAAAGCUCAAUUUAACACCCUCCUGCUGUGUCAGUGUUGGGAUCAGCUCAGUGAUAAUGAAUUACAACUAACUUUGCGUGUAUAAGAAAGAAGGUGCAUACUCCUUAAGAGCAGCAGAUUUUUAUUCUGCAUAAGUGCAAGGUUGACUCAAAUGCCUGAAUUAUUUAAGGAAAAUAUAGGCAAAAAGGGCAAUUACCUCUCCUAAAUUCACAUCUGAGAAUUUCUGCGUUCAGGUGUGGAAACUAAUCUAUGCAUUAUAAGCUGUGAUAUUGGCAUAAAUAUGAUCAGGAAAAAAUGAAAUCAGAUCUGAAAUCCCAAAGUUGUUCUUACGUUUUGUUUCAUACUUGCGUCAUCCCUGGGAUUUACCAGACUGAAUUAGGUAGAAGUUAAUAUUCAGUUCUGCCCUUCUGUUUGGUUUUGUGCAGCAUUCUUUGGGCUUCUCCGUUGUACAUGUUUUUCAGACACGUUUCAUAAAACCAGGAAGGGAUUAUUAGAACACAAACGCUGGUGCAGCUUCUUUGCAGACUGUUUGAUACCUACAAGUGCUUUGUGCUCUCUCUGACUGUAUUUUAGUGUUUGCAGUCUCACAGGAGCUUUCACCCUUGCUUGUUAGUGCUUAUGCAACCGCAGUUCUCACAGUAUUUUGUGUACUGAUGUGCAGAAGCACAGCGGGUUGCCAGAUAGCUUAGCAGCAUGUCCUAUUGAUCUUAUAAUUGGUUUCUUUGUUCUUAACAUUUCAGCCACCUGUUCUGAGGUGACAAUACCAAGUUCCUAACCACAUGCUUACAGAGUUCAAAGAGGCUUUACUCCUUCAUCUGUCGAUGAAGAGUGCCAAAAUGCUCCAGCUUUAGUGCUGGAACAAUGCUUCUAGGAGCCUGAACUCACUGUAGCCAAUAUACAUCUUUACCAACUGAAGUAACCUCAUGCUCGAGGUCCCUGUGAUAAUCCGAAGGAGUGGCUGUGUACUGCUCAGCACCGUACUGGGAUAACAGCUUGGGUCACAUUUCUCCAUAGUGCUCCUUCAGUUCUAGCACGAAGAUCUCUUGCAUCUCACUUUAGUUUUGAGGCACAGAACUGAGGAGUAACCUCUAGUUCUGCUGAAAAUAAGGGAUUUACAAAGGCAAUUUGUUUUACAUUUAGGAACAGAGAAAAAAAAUCAGGUUAGGAGAGAAGAGCAAUGAAAUGUUUCAAAGAAUUAUAUGCUAUAGGAUUUCUUCCCACUACUUAUUUUUUGGCUGGACUUGUUUUGUUUUAGGUUUUGGAGGGGUUUUGUUGGCUUUUGUCUGCAUGCCUUUCCUUUAUUGGCUUUUGCUUGCCUCUGCUGAAGCCUUUGAUGUUGUCCUUGAUUUUCAAGUUGACAAGAGGAAAGAGAUGGGAGAUUUUAUUUCUCAUUCUGACAAUAAGCCUAAUUUUAAUGUGAAGUCCAAUCUAUUUUAUACUGCCUAGAGAAGCUCGAGCUAUAAUUUUGCUUAGCACUUUACAGUUCUAGUACUCAUCUUUUAAAUACAAUUUUUUAGUACACAAUUACAAGUGUAUUUUAGUGCUAAGAGUGGGUUUUUUUAUAUUAUUUUGCAAUCUUCCCCCCCCUUCAUAUCCCUUGGAAAGCAUAGAUGGCAUCAACUGAACAGAAAAACAAGCCAAAAUGUUAAUGUAAUAACAAGCAUUAAAAUGGGCCACAUUUAUUUAACAUAAUGAGAACUCACUGUAGUACAUUAAAUAGAAUAUUGAAUCAGUGCAUUUAAGCAUGGUAUAUGUUGCAGUCUGCUUUACUUACAUGAUUUUGUUAACCACUCUUUUUUGGUAUUUCAUAAUAUUUUUAAAGAUGAAUCAGAGUGUGCGUGCAGUGAGUUGGACUGACAGCAAUAAAAAUGAGACCCUUGCUGAACGUGGUGGUUCUGCUGUGCUGCAGCACCAUGCUGGGAGGAGAGCAAGGCCUGCCACCAGCCUGCUUCCAGCACUGCAGAGACCCCUGCUCAGGGGCUCAGCGAGGGGAAGCAAUAAGGUCUGCCUGUAUUCAUUCUGAUUUGAUGCGUAGAGUUGUGAUACAAAGUGGUAGUAGAUCACCAGUUGCUCAAACAUGAUGACAAGUGAAGGCUGCCACAAGUGUUCCAUCUUGGUUUCUUUUUCCAUUGCAAGGAACUGCAACUGUUCUGGACUUGAUCAUCUUAAAGGUCUUUUCUAGCCUUGGUGAUUCUGUAACUCUAUGAAAAUAUAUUUUGCUGUUGUAUGUGUAUUUAUUAAGCCUCUUGAUAAUUAUUUAUAUUUUAAAUAAAUUUGUGGUAAUGACUAGGUGCUCUGACUUGAACACAUUUGAAAA